AUGAGCUAAGAUAAGGGAAAAAGUGAAGACAGUAGUUAAAAAAAUAAAGAUGUGAAGUUACCUUCAAUUAUUGAUUAGCAAUUAAUAGCAACUUUAUUGCAAAAUAUCAAUUAAAAUGCAAGUUUAAAUAAUGAACUUGCUAACCUUAAUCAAUAAUAAGAUGAAGAAUUUGAUGAGAACGAGAGUAAUCAUAAUAAUAAAGAUAAAAGUUAGGAAGAAGAAAAUGAUGAUCAGGAUAAUAAUUUAAGUUAAAUGACGAGAUAGAAGCAAUUUUUUGAUGCUGUUUUGUAGCAAUACUAGCUUAUAUAGCAGCAACAGCUUCAAUCCCACGAAUAAACUUAAAAAUAAAUUAAUUAAAGGAUGGAAGAGGAGGAUGAUGAUGAAGAAAAUUAUUAGGAGGAUGAAGAAGAAAACAAUCAAAACGAAGGCUAAAUUGAAGAAAAUAAUAAUUUAGAUGGGAAAAAAUAAGAAGAAUUGAAAUUAAAAAUGUUAGGUAAUAAAAAAUAAGGAGAGCCUGAUGAAGAUUAGUAAAAUUAGCUCUUAUAGCUUCUUAUGAAUUUAAAUCCAUCAAAUAAUGCACUUGCUCAACUUUAGCAAUCAGUUUAAAACUCAAAUAAUAUAAAUAGAAAUAAUAAUUAGCUAGAAAAAAAUAUGAAUAAAACUAAUUAAUAGAUAGAUAAUCAAGAUGAAAAUGAAAACGAAGAAAAUUAUGAGGGUGAUAAUAACUAGUAGCCAAUUAACAUAAGUAAAUUCGAUUAAUUAGAAUUGACAAGAUUGCUUUAAGCUUAAUAUGAUUAGUUGCAUGCUGGGGAAGGAGACGAAGAAUUAGAGCAAUAAAUAAGUGGUUUUUAGGCUGAGUAAAAUAAUAAAAAAUUCAUGAAAAGAUAUGGUGAGAUGACCAAUCAAAUGGGAAUGUAAAGAAAUUUAAUGUAACCAGAAGAAGAUGAAGGAGAAGGAGAAGAGGAAGAGGAAGAAGAAGCAAAAUAAGCUUUGCAUAAUCAAUAUUUAGAAAAACAAUGCAAAGCAUACUUAACCAUGUAGCAACAGUAAUAAGAUUUAAUGAUUAAUGAAAUAAAAAACUUGGAAUAAUAUUUAAGUGCUAAUAAUUUAACAUAAGAAUAAAGAAGUUUCGCUGAAUAGAAACAAUAAAUAUUAAUAUUAAAAUUGAAACAAUUGCAGUAACAUCUAUAAGAAAUCGCAAUCAAUCCAAAUCUCGUUUUAGAAUAAAUUUAAUUUUAACAAAUGCAAAAGUAAGGCUUCAUCGAACAGGAUAAUUUGAUCGAUUAGUAGAAAAAAGAAUUUUUACUAAGAAAUAAUGCCUUUAUUAGGGGAUCUGAAUAAAUAGGAAGAAGUUUAUAAUAGGCUUAGGACUAGGAACAAGCUUAGCACUAGAUGCAAUAUUAGUAAUAUAUUUAAUAGUAAGAUAAGAUGUAAUAAAAUAAUAAUUAUUAAAAUCACCCUCUCGUUAAUUUUUUUAAUUCAUAUUCCCUAUUUAUAAAUGAUACUGCUAAUAUUCAACUUGAUCAAGAAGUUGUUCUAAAUAAACUCAUAGAAAAUGCUAAAAAAUGCAAACCUCCUUCAAAUGCUGAUGAAAGAGUGAAUUAACUGUGGAAUUACCUUACUGAUUUAGAUAAAAAGUAAAUUGAAGAUUUCGAACAACAGCUUAAAAGCUUACCAGAAUAAAAUAUCUACGAAUGUAUUUAGACAAUUGAAAAACUUCACAUAAAGCUAUUAGUGGAGUAUAAUAUCGAAGUUGCUAGAGGAAAAUAGUUAGGAAUCAUAAAACAAUGA